UGUACAUGCAGACUGUGAUCUCUGUGAACUCGUCCAUUGUUGCGACGCAGGGUCCUUCCUUCUGUCCUACGUGGCGGUACUGGCGAUUAAAGCUUUGUGGGGUGUUGCUCCCACAUAAACACAAUGAGCGAGUAUCCACAAGACGUACAGGCUUUCCUACAACAACACCCAUGUCUGCAGCCCAUAGCGGGGAAUAAGGUCAGGUGUAUUUUGAGCGGCCAUGAGAUUCCCUGUUGCCUGGCUGAACUCCGUGCUUACGUUGGUGGGAAGAAAUACCAGCGUCUGUCUGCUGGCGGGUCCAACUUCAAUUACAGCCAAUAUGAACCACACGUGGUUGCCAGCACCAAAGAACCAAAUCGUCUGUUCUGUAAACUGACCCUCCGGCAUAUCAAUCGCAUUCCCCAGCAUGUUCUGCUCCAUGUUUCUGGGAAAAGGUAUCAGCGGGCACUGAAGAACUAUGAGGAGUGUGUUCGUCAGGGGGUGCCGUUCGUCCCGGCCUGCCUCAAGCAGAAGAAACAUGUGAGUGAGCCAGAGGGAGGCGGCAAGUUGUGGGAGCCGAAUUCCGGCGAGGAAGAUGGUGACGAAUCAGAGGAUAGCAUGAGUGACCUCUACCCUGUGGAGAUGUUUCCUCGGGAGAGUGAGAUGGAGGUGGAGGUGGAGAGAGAUGAGUUUGAGAUGCACAGCGAGAGCGAGGCAGAGGCCUCCCCUGGCAUGCAAAGGGACAGCAUUAAGACCGAGGUCAAUGGGCAGACACAGUGUAAGCGGAAGAGGAAGCAGUCCAGUUCCCUACAGAAGAAGCUUAAGAGUCACCAUUGGAAAGGAAAAGGCUUCAAGAAAGCUGAAAAAAUGAAAACUUAAAAUAAGACAAUGAAUCCAACGUGUGUGUGUGUGUGUGGUGCUACCCGUCCUUCCUGUUGGUUCACUUUCACCUACAAAUGUGUAAGCAGUGAAAUAACCACUUAUGUAUGAUAUUAACAAAAAAUAAAUUGUAUCCCUGCA